GUGCGUCUGCGCCCCAGCUGGUUGACCGAUGCUGGCGUCGACGCCUCGACGCUGCUGCAGCGCCUGCUGGCGGCAGAUCUGCGCGAUGCCUGCGAGGGCUCCCUGCCGGCGGCGCUGGAGAGGCAGCACAACGUGCAGCUCGAGGGGCAGCACUUGGUGCAGAUCCUGGAGAUGGUCGACAUCGCCAAUCCUAGCGCACAGGAUCCAGGAGAAGAAGAGGUCGACGACGCUCAGUCGACUGUGGAGCGUCGGCCGCGGCGGCAGAAGAUGUUGAAGGUCUGUUUCACCGACGGUGCCCAAGCGGUCUGCGGCAUCGAGCGCCGGCCCAUCGCGCAACUGCGUGCGGCGGUGCCAGGCACAAAGUUGCUGUUGGGCAAUCGACCGCUACUGCGGCGUGGUUUGUUGCUGUUGGAGCCCCAACACAUGGAAGCCUUUGGAACAGUGCCCCAGGCGCCUGACGGCGGCGCGCCUGUGGCUGUGAACCCUGCGCCAGCUGCGCCGCCGCCGGGCCGUGCGCGGGAGGGCAGGGAGGUGUUGCUCCGUUUCUACGUCAUUCAGGCCUCUGUCGUCGCCGCCGCGGGCGCGGGCGCGUUGCGUCUCUCGUUGGGCGACGGCUUGGGGAGCUGUGAGGCCUUGUUGGCAGGGCCGCUGCUGCAGCAGCUGCUGGGGCAGGCUUGUGCUGAUGAAUUGCGAAGGAAAAGGGUUGAUACAAAAGGGGGGCCAACUUGUUCAACCAGCCUCUCCAGCCGGAUGCCAUUUCGAGGAACAGUUAUCUAUUUUUUUGCGAAUUUGAAUGAAAUGUCCCUCAUCUCCCAUCUUCAAUCGGCAAAUCAUGCACAUUUCUCCGAUGUUUGUGAACAACGGUGUUUACCAGAAGACAUCUUUUGA